AUGAAGCCGGUGCUGCAGGCCCAGGCGCCCGAAGCCCAGGCGACUCAGGCAGCAAUCUCCGCUACCCCACAUCUCCAGGUUGAGGAAGCUGCAAUGCAAGCCGACAUCCGCGCAAACGUCGAGGAUGACGCAGCUAUCGCAGCUGAGCUUCAACGAGAAGAGGAGGAAACGGCAGGGCUCGCCCCUGGCACAGCGGCCACCAGGCCGGAUCUCCUAGCUGCAGCCUCAGCCGUUGCGGCGGCACGGGAGGAAGAAAGGAGGGCCGAGGAGGAUGACGACGAGUCCUGGGCCGAAGAGGAGAUCCAGCGUGGAUCGACCUCAAAGGGGGGACUGAUGCAGAUCAAGGUGCGAGUCCCGGAUGGCUGUGGGGAGGGAGACACUCUGGAGGUCGUCGCCCCCAGUGGCGACCUCAUUCAUGUCUUGGUGCCGCCGGGACACGGGCCGGGCUCCUUGCUGACCAUCAAGGACCCCAAAUCUUCUGGAAGCCCCAAAAUAGAAGCGGCCCACGCACCACUUCUGGGUCCGAUGGGCGACGCAGCGGCAGCACAGAAAUUGGCUCCAGGCGUCUCGCGCCGCUCACGAUUGGCCGGCCUCGGAGUGGCCAAGCCCUGGCAGGUGGUCGGCGGAGAAGCUACCGGCGGAAUCAUAGUAAGAACCGGACCGGACACGAAUUCGCCCAAGCUCAACGUUCGGCUUUCCACUGGGGCACUUGUGCAGGAGCUGGAAGUCAAUGGCGAUCGACUGCAUUACGCUCUGCAGGCCGGUCGCGGGCCCAGCACUGGCUGGGUCUCCAUUCGUUUGGGGGAGAAGGAGCUGUUGGUUCGUGCAGAACAUGCCGAUCACAAGGAGGGUGCCAAACCCGGAGCCUCGCCGCUAGUGGUGCAGGAAGCUCGCGCCCUGCCGCUGCGGCCGGCGGCUUUACCACAGCUGCAUGCAUCCAGCGAGUCAGAGGCCAACGAUGCACCUUCCAAUCCUGCCAAAGAGACGCAGGCAGAGGAGGAGGAUUCGGCUGAAACUUUCUGGCAACUCGGAAAACUAUCCGAAGAGGAUGCGACGAUCGCAACGGACCUGCAGACGGCCGUGCAGUCGAUGUGUGUGCCGGGCCGCUUCAGUUAUGGGGACCUGUCAUCGCUUGGCCAGGCAAUGGUGGCUGAGCGCGCGAAGCGAAGCAGUAUGGCUGAAAAACACUGCGUGCCGAGAGCAAGGCUGGUCCAGGUCCAGCAACGAUCCGAAGGAGGUCCUGAGAAUCUCCUGUACCAGUCCCUGGUGGAGCGGCAUACGCUGGAGCAGUGGGAGGCGCAGCUCGAGAAGCUGGUCUCCGGCUACAGCGUCAUGAAGGUUGCUAGGAAUGGCAAGCUGUACAACCGCAGCUUCUGGCUUGCUGGUGGCAGUUUGCGCACAAACGGCCGGUUCAACUCCGGCAUAGAUCUACGCCAUUUGACUGGAGUGUUCUGCGGCGCUGUCUCCCAAGAGUUUAUCAAGCUGCGAAGGCAAGAGCGCGAGCCUCCGAAGAAGAGUGGGUCUCUGGCUGGUGGCCUGCUGAGAACGUUUGUGGCCAGCAAGCCCAUGACCCAAGAGCAUCCAGACCCGGAAGAAGCGGGUGUUGUCAUCAUUGCGACGGGAGGGCGCUCCUUCUCGCUGCUUUUCCUUGGCGGUGCAGCAGAACGCGAUGAGUUUGCAGAGACCAUUACCUGGUGCGUUCAGCGCGUGCGGAGGGAGAUGGGCAGACCUUUCAAGUUCUGA